AAAGAAUCAUCACAUGGGCCAAAAAAAAAAAGAAAAAAGAAAAAGGAGCGAGCGAGAGAGAGAGAGAGAGAGAGAGAGCAGGAGAGAAAGGCAGAAAAAUGGCGAAGGCGGAGCAGAGCGUGGAGGAUUUCAAAGGCCAAGCCCGCCUCCCGCUGUUCGCAAACCCUAAGCGUUACGUCAUCUCCCUGCGGGUCGACCUCGCUCGAUGCGCCUUCUCGGGAUCCGCGACCAUCGCCGUCGCCGUCGCCUCCUCCACGCGCUUCCUCGUCCUCAACGCCGCCGACCUCGCCGUUGACGCCGCCUCCGUCCGCUUCACCACCCCCGGAUCCUCCGAGGAGCUCCAGCCCUCGGAGGUCGUCGCAGUGGAGGAGGAUGAGAUCUUGGUUGUGGGGUUCGACACGACGCUUCCUAUCGGGGAUGGGGAACUGAGAAUUGAGUUCAUAGGGACCCUAAAUGACCAGAUGAGGGGGUUCUACCGAAGUAAGUACGAGUAUAACGGGGAGAUAAGAAACAUGGCCGUGACGCAGUUUGAGGCUGUCGAUGCUAGACGGUGUUUCCCAUGCUGGGACGAACCUGCAUUUAAGGCUACCUUCGAGAUUACACUGGAAGUACCCUCUGAGCUCGUAGCAUUAUCCAAUAUGCCUGUUGCUGAAGAGAAAGUUAAUGGAGUUGUCAAGACACUCUCUUUUGAGGAAUCACCAAUUAUGUCAACUUACUUGGUGGCUAUUGUUGUUGGUUUGUUUGACUAUAUAGAAGACAAAUUACCAGAUGGUACAAAAGUUCGCGUAUAUUGUCAAGUUGGUAAGAGCAGUCAAGGGAAGUUUGCUUUAGAUGUUGCUGUGAAGUCGCUUCAACUCUAUGAGAAUUAUUUUGCGGUGCCUUAUCCUCUUCCCAAGUUGGAUAUGGUUGCUAUUCCUGAUUUUGUUGGUGGUGCUAUGGAGAACUAUGGAUUAGUCACUUAUCAAGAAACAGCCUUGCUCUAUGAUGAUCGCUUAUCAUCAGCAUCAAACAAACAAUCGGUGGCGAUUACUGUAGCACAUGAGUUGGCACACCAAUGGUUUGGAAAUCUGGUGACAAUGGAAUGGUGGACACACUUAUGGCUAAAUGAGGGGUUUGCAUCAUGGGUGAGCUAUUUAGCAGUAGAUUCCUUGUUCCCUGAAUGGAAGAUUUGGACUCAAUUUCUUGAAGACACUGCCGCUGGCCUUAUGCUUGAUGCACUUUCUGAAUCACAUCCUAUUGAGGUCGAAAUAAACCAUGCCAAUGAGAUUGAUGCAAUUUUUGACUCGAUAAGCUAUGACAAGGGUGCCUCUGUUAUUAGAAUGCUGCAGAGUUACCUUGGUGCGGAAUCUUUCCAGCAAGCUCUCGCCUUGUACAUAAAAAAAAACGCCUACUCAAAUGCUAAGACUGAAGAUCUUUGGGCUGUUCUUGAAGAGGAGUCCGGUGAACCUGUCAAGGAUUUGAUGAAUUCAUGGACAAAGCAACAAGGAUAUCCUGUUAUUUAUGCAAAUCUUAAAAAGCAUGAGUUGGAGCUUGAGCAGGCACAGUUUUUAUCUGAUGGAUCUUCUGGUACUGGCAUGUGGAUUAUUCCUGUAACAUUAUGCUGCGGUUCCUAUAAUCCCCAGGAAAAGUUUCUGCUGAAAUCAAAAUAUCAUAAGUUGGACGUAAAGGAGCUUGUCAGUUCUCAUGAUCCGAACAACGAGAAUGGUGAACGCUUCUGGAUUAAGUUGAAUGUAGACCAAACGGGCUUUUACAGAGUGAAAUAUGAUGAUGAGCUUGCUGCUGGAAUUAGAUAUGCAGUACAGGCCAAUAAGCUCUCUUUAAUGGACAAAAUAGGCGUAGUAGAAGAUUCAUAUGCCCUUUCCGUGGCCUGCAAACAAACAUUGCCAUCUUUGCUAUUCUUGUUGAGUGCUUAUGGUGAAGAGUUCGAUUACACUGUGCUCUCUCACGUAAUAGUGAUAAGUCGUAAGAUCGCAGAUGUGGUAAUGGAUGCCACUCCAGAGUUGGCCAAUGACAUCAAACUUUUUCUCAUCAAUCUUCUUCUGUCUGCUGCAAAAAAAUUAGGUUGGGAUCCUAAGGAUGGCGAAAACCACUUGGAUGUAAUGCUAAGAGCCGAUCUUUUAGUUGCGCUUGUAAGACUUGGGCAUGAAGAGACUAUAAAUGAAGCAGUAAAGCGCUUCAAUAUCUUCUUAAAUGACCGAAAUACACCCCUCUUGCCUCCGGAUAAUAGAAAGGCUGCAUACCUUGGUGUAAUGCAAACUGUUAGCACUUCAAAUAGAUCUGGGUUUGAAUCUCUCCUGAGGAUAUACACAGAGACGGAUCAAAGUGAGGAAAGAGUACGUGUUUUAGGCUCUUUGGCAUCUUGCCCCGAUAAGGAAAUUGUCCUCGAGGCCCUGAAUUUUCUAUUGACUCCUAAGGUUCGAAAUCAAGAUGCAAUUUAUGGCCUUGGGAUCAGCAGGCAAGGACGUGAAACUGCAUGGGGUUGGCUUAAGGAGAACUGGGAAUAUAUCUCAAAGACAUGGGUGGCAAGCUUUUUAAUCUCAAGAUUCGUCAGUGCGAUUGUAUCGCCGUUUAAGUCCUCUGAGAAAGCUGUGGAAGUCGAAGAGUUCUUCGCGAGCCGGGUCAAACCGUCCUUCGAGAGAGAACUGAAGCAGAGCCUCGAGCGGGUGCGGAUCAACGCAAAGUGGGUCGAGAGCAUCAGGGGCGAGCAAUCCCUUGCAGACGCGGUCAAGGAGUUGGUGCACAAAGCAUAAUUUCCACGCCAGAUUUUGAUGGUUUCAAAAGAAUCUAUUGAAUGUUAUUCAUGGCGUGGUAGUACGUCAUUUGCACGAGCCGCUAUUUUAAUCCUUGUCCUCAAAUUAUGUUCAGGGUGGUGAGGAUAUGAGGAGAUUUGCGGGUUUCUUUUGGUUUAUGAGAUGAUUGGAGAUGGAUUGUGAAAUGUAGCAAAAUAAUGCGUGUUUUAAGCACGUACUACAAUGAAACACUUAACAACUAAUGGUUUCGUUCGAAGUUGUGAUGAAGAAUUGUGAGAAUUCAGAUUCAUGAUCA